CGGCGGCGGCACCGCAGCGCCCCCCUGCGGCAACAGCCGGGGUGGCGGCGCGGCGAGGAGAGAAAGGGAGAAGGGGCAGUAAUGGCGGCCGGCUAGUGCGGGGCUGAGCCGAGGAGGCGGCGGCAGCGGCGGGAGGAGCCGGCGCGGUUCUGUCUGUGGCUCUGCCCGGCGGAGCGGCGUCCCCAGAGGGCUUCUUCUUCUUCCCCCACCCCUUCCCUUCCCCUCCCUGCCCGAGCCCCCGCCUGUCCGCCCUCCCUCCUCCCUCCGCGCCGGCGGUAGCGGCGGCGGCGGCAGCGGCGGCGGGGCCCCCCGUGUCCCCCUCCCCGGGGCCAUGGUGAACACCAGGAAGAGCUCUUUGCGCCCCCUGGGCAAAGCGGCGGCCGCUGCGGCCGGAGCCGGCAGCCAUUUCAUCUCGUCCCGGACCCGCUCUUCCAAAAGGGGCACCAAGGCAGAUGCGGCCGGGCUGGAAGAGACGGCGGCGGCGCGGAAAGAUGAAGGUAGUGACGGUAGUUUGAGCGAUAGCCACAUAUCUCCUCCGGCCAAACGUACCUCAAAACAUGCGGAUCCUGUGUGCAAAGACAAAUCAAAAUCACGCAGUACUGGGCAGCGAGAGGAAUGGAGCAUCUCAGCUGGACAGUCCAGGUUAACUUCUCCACCUGGUGCUACACUAUCAAAUGGACGUAGCUUAUCUCUCAAAAGCCAUCCCCUUCGAGGGGAAAAAAAGGGAGAUGGGGACCAUGCUUGCAUAAACGGAGAUAUAGAAGUCAGAAAAAGUUGUCGGUCCAGGAAAAACAGAUUUGAAACUUUGAAUCAGAGUUUAUUGUUUGAUCAGCUAGUCAACAGUACUGCUGAAGCUGUCCUACAGGAAAUGGAUAAUAUUAACAUCAGGAGAAAUAGGAGGUCUGGGGAAGUAGAGCGGCUGCGAAUGUGGACAGAUACAGAGUUUGAAAACAUGGAUAUGUAUUCACGAGUGAAAAGAAGAAGGAAAUCGCUGAGGAGAAAUAGCUAUGGGAUUCAGAACCACCAUGAAGUGUCCACAGAAGGUGAAGAAGAAGAGUCUCAGGAAGAAGAUGGAGAUAUAGAAGCAGAAGAAGCUGAAGGGGAAGAAAAUGACCGACCAUAUAAUCUAAGACAGAGAAAAACUGUUGAAAGGUAUCAGGCCCCUCCAAUAGUGCCAGCUCACCAAAAAAAGAGAGAAAAUACACUGUUUGAUAUUCACAGAUCUCCUGCGAGAAGAAGCCAUAUCAGGAGAAAGAAGCAUGCCAUUCACAGCAGUGAUACCACUUCGUCAGAUGAAGAACGUUUUGAAAGAAGAAAAUCUAAAAGCAUGGCCAGAGCAAGAAAUAGGUGCCUGCCUUUAAACUUUAGAGCAGAAGACUUAGCUAGUGGAAUCCUGCGAGAGCGUGUGAAAGUUGGCGCAAGCUUGGCUGAUGUUGACCCUAUGAUUGUUGAUAAAUCGGUGCGUUUCGAUAGUAUAGGGGGAUUGAGUCAUCACAUCCUUGCACUUAAGGAAAUGGUAGUGUUUCCUCUUCUCUAUCCAGAAAUAUUUGAAAAAUUCAAAAUUCAGCCACCAAGGGGCUGUUUAUUCUAUGGUCCUCCUGGAACAGGUAAAACCUUGGUAGCUAGAGCUCUAGCUAAUGAAUGCAGUCAAGGAGACAAAAAGGUGGCUUUCUUUAUGAGGAAAGGAGCAGACUGUCUCAGUAAGUGGGUUGGCGAAUCUGAACGUCAGCUUCGACUCCUUUUUGAUCAGGCAUACUUGAUGAGACCCUCUAUAAUCUUCUUUGAUGAAAUAGAUGGUUUGGCUCCAGUUCGUUCUAGCAGACAAGAUCAGAUUCACAGUUCUAUAGUGUCUACUCUUCUUGCCCUCAUGGAUGGACUGGAUAAUAGAGGAGAAAUAGUUGUUAUUGGUGCUACAAAUAGACUGGAUUCUAUAGAUCCUGCACUCAGGAGACCUGGUCGUUUUGACAGGGAAUUUCUUUUCAACUUGCCUGAUCAAAAGGCACGAAAGCACAUUUUACAAAUUCAUACCAGGGAUUGGAACCCCAAACUGUCAGAUCCUUUCUUAGGAGAGCUAGCUGAAAAAUGUGUUGGGUACUGUGGGGCCGACAUAAAAGCACUUUGCACUGAGGCUGCCUUGAUUGCCCUGCGACGACGCUACCCCCAGAUUUAUGUGAGCAGUCAGAAGCUGCAGCUCGAUGUUUCAUCAGUAGUUCUCAGUGCGCAAGAUUUCUAUCAUGCAAUGCAGAACAUUGUGCCUGCUUCCCAGCGUGCCGUGACAUCUUCAGGACAUGCUUUAUCUCCUGUGAUCAGACCACUGUUGGAACGGACCUUCGCUAACCUGCUUGAGGUUUUACACAAAGUGUUUCCUCAUGCUGAAUUUAGCCAGAGUGACAGAAGUGAAGAUGUACCAAGUCUAAUAUUAGAUGAUAGUGAAGAUGAGAAUGCUUCAUCAAUUUUUGAGACGAGCUGUCCCUCAGGAUCACCAAAGAAACAGUCAUCAGCUGCUAUACAUAAACCCUACCUUCAUUUUACAAUGUCAGCUUAUCACCAGCCAACCUCUUACAGACCGAGAUUACUGCUAACUGGAGAGAGGGGUUCGGGUCAGACUUCACACCUUGCUCCAGCACUAUUGCACACUCUUGAAAAGUUCUCUGUACACAGGCUAGAUCUGCCAGCACUUUAUUCAGUCAGUGCCAAAACACCUGAAGAAUCGUGUGCACAGAUCUUUCGUGAAGCUCGAAGAACAGUACCAAGUAUUGUUUACAUGCCUCAGAUUGGUGAUUGGUGGGAAGCUGUCAGUGAAACUGUGAGAGCUACUUUUCUAACUUUGCUGCAAGAUAUACCAUCUUUCUCCCCUAUAUUUCUACUGUCUACCUCUGAGUCCAUGUAUAGUGAAUUGCCUGAAGAGGUGAAAUGUAUUUUCAGAAUCCAGUAUGAAGAGGUUUUUUAUAUUCAAAAGCCAAGUGAAGAAGACAGAUUGCGAUUUUUCAAAGGAUUAAUUCUUGACGAGGCAGCAAUGCCCCCACCAAGAAGGAAACAGGCUGCUCUUCGUGCUAUGGAAGUUCUUCCUCUUGCACUGCCGUCUCCUGCCCGUGAGCUGUCGGAAGCAGAAAAACAGCGAAUGGAGGACCAGGAAGAGAACACGUUGAGAGAGCUGCGGUUGUUUCUCAGGGAUGUUACCAAGAGGCUGGCUACAGACAAGCGCUUUAACAUCUUCAGCAAACCGGUGGAUAUUGAAGAGGUUUCAGAUUACCUUGAAGUUAUCAAAGAGCCAAUGGACCUAUCAACAGUAAUAACCAAAAUUGAUAAACACAACUACUUAACAGCCAAGGAUUUCCUAACAGAUAUUGACCUGAUAUGCAGCAAUGCGUUGGAGUACAAUCCAGACAAAGAUCCUGGAGAUAAAAUAAUUAGACAUAGAGCUUGCACUUUGAAGGACACUGCUCAUGCUAUCAUUGCUGCUGAACUGGAUCCAGAAUUUAAUAAGAUGUGUGAAGAAAUCAAGGAAGCAAGAAGAAAAAGAGGCUUAUCAGUAACAGCAGAACAAAUAAAUCCUCACGGUUCCGCUGUACGGAAAACAGAAGCUAGAGUUGAAGAGACAUUUCGGAACAAACAGAAGCCCACGAUGACAGUGUGGCCCAACUCUGCAACUAAAUGCGCAUUUCGAAUAAGGAGAAAGUCAAGGCGACGCUCACAGUGGGGCAAAGGCAUUAUUAAGAAGAGGAAAGUCAAUAAUUUAAAGAAAGAUGAAGAUGAUGCAAAGUUUGCUGACGAUGAAAACCAUGGAGAGGACAGUAAAUUGCUGGAAAAUGGUGAGCUAGAAAUCAGCACUGACUGCAUUGAGGAGAAUGGGGAGGAAAUAGGAGAUCUCUCUAUGACAAAUGAUGAAUCCUCUUGUGAUAUUAUGGAUAUAGAUGCAGAGCAGAGGCUUAACAAUGGGACAUCAGGAAAGGAAAACAAUUUUGCGUCCACGGAAGAAGAGAGCUCAAAUGAAUCUCUCUUAAUAACUGAAAGCGUUACCCUGAAUGCUGAAAAGGAUUUAAGGAAAGACUCUACAUUGAAAGGGGACUGUGUAAAUGGAGAGACAUCUGUACACAGCUCAGAGGGUAUACCUGUUCCAGCAUGCCAUAAUGGUAGAGUGGAAUCAGUUGAUGCUGCUUCAACCAAUGACAACAGCAGUGGAUCUAGUGACAAGAAAAAAUCUUCUGAAGAUCAGCCAAAGGAGAAAACAGAAGCUUGCAGUGAAAACCAAGGAGAUGAUUUAGUGAAAGCAGAGGUACCACACUGCAGCAAUAACGAAAAAACACUACAGAGCACAGACCUUGAGACUAAAGAUGCUGAAGCCGAUAAAGAAGGUAUGUUCAAGAGUAAGAAAAGUCGAAAAGUCACUAUGGAACAGUCAAAACCCACAAGUCUGGAGCAUGUCCCAGAGGAACCAUCAGAUCCGUUACCCUCUGUGAUUGUUGACCAUGACAGACUAAAGAAACUGCUUUAUUUAGUGGUUAAGAAAAGUGACAACUUGACUGUUGACCAACUUGAGAGAUUGUAUUCGCUCCUCAGCCAAUGCAUCUACAGGCAUCGUAGAGACUAUGACAAAUCACAACUUAUAGAGGAGAUGGAAAGAACAGUUCAUGUGUUUGAAACAUUCCUGUGAACUCGUCAAGAUGGGUGGGUUUAUCCUCUCUUAAACUGCUCAUGGGAGAGCAGUCCUCUGAGCCAUUCAGUUUCCAUUUGCACCAAGUAUGUGCAGAGCCUUGGUCUUAAGUGCUCUCUCUUUUUCUUUCUGUUGAAUUUGGUGCUAUUGUCUCAGGUACCUGAAACCAACCAGCCUACAAGAACCAAACGGAACUUCAAAUAGUUGUAUCUGAUAUAAAUAAAGAAUACAAUGCCACAGCUUGGAGAUUUUUGGUGCUACAGAAACUGUUCUCUCUUCUGCUCUUGUUCACUCUACAUGCAUUAUCUCUGGUGAAACUUCAGACAAAGUGGAGACCAACAUACACGAGAGAACUGAAAAGAGCAGAUCUAAGUUGAAUAUUUUUAAACAGGCAACCUUUUUUAAUUUUUUUCCCAAUCUUUCUCUUCUCUGGGGCAAUGGACAAAAAAAUCUGUUCUAAAGAAGGCAAUGAUGCAUUGUGGUAGGAAUCUUGAGUAACUGGAUGUACAGUAAUUUGAAGAUGAGGCUCUCUAGAACUGCCUAUUAUGUGCCUUUUAGUCAAUUGAGAAAGAUAAGGCUAAUCAGUUGGUUUGGAUUAUAGCAAAUGGCAAUGUUAGAAAGCUCUCUUCAGAAUGAAGAUCUCCAAAAAGAUGGUUUGUAUUCUCUUCAUUGGAUGGCAGCCAGUAUUAUGGUUCUAAAAUGCCUGUCUUACUCUACAGAACUAAACUAAGACACACCGAAAAAGCCACAUACUUUACCAAAAUGGUAAAUUUCUUUUUCAUUGGUAUAGAUUUGUUUUAGAAACAAGUUACACAGUGAAACUCUUCUUUGUCACUAAAAGUGAAGUGUUUUCCCACCAUUUCUUUGUUGUCCAUCUUGAGUUCUUAAAGAAAAGCCAGCUUAGUACUGGCAGGUUUCUUUCAGAAGUUCCAUGUUUGUAACAUAGCUUGGACUGUGCAGUGCAGGUAAGAAGAUGUCGGUCAAAAUCCUGGAGCCCAAGCUCACUUGGAAACAAAACUUAAACUAGGCUUCACGACUCAGUCAAUGCAAAGCACUGUUAAUGUCAGGAGACUGGAGGACAGCCUUUCAAAUCGAUCUGUUUGGACCACAGUUCUCCAGUCUGAAUUGCGUAGUUCAAAAUCUUUCCUCUCUGGAAACUGAAGAGAACAGUCUAGGCAGUUUCAAGAAAAGCAAGUUUUGUCACAAGCUCGGUGUUAAGGUGUUACCUGGGCUGAUUUAUUUCAAAUGUAGGUUGAAACUGUUGUAGAGAAGUUGGCUGGUGUUACCGUCUCUAACCAUCCAUCGUAUCCCUACGUAGCUGCGGAAGUGUCUUUCCAGAAAUAUGCAACACAGUGUGAUUAGUUUUUAAUUAGAGAAAACAGUCUUGGACUACUGCAGAGAUACUGAGCUACCUCAGCUUUUUGUAUUUUAGUUACCAACAGUGUUUAUGGAGGACUGUAAUCACUCUGCUCCCAUUUACAAGCUGAAGCUAAGGUACUUGUCUCCACCUCUAUGGCUAAUAGUAGUAUACCACUGCAGAGAAACAAACACGGGCCUUGGGCUACUGCAGUAAUCCAAAGUGCUUUGUAUAUUACACUUCAACGUAAUUCUAUCUUAGAACUUUUUCUCCCCCCAGAUGCCACUGUUUUUCUUUGUAGCUAACGGCAGAAAAAGGUUUUAGGUAUUCUUGUACAUCUAGUUACACCUAAAUGCAACCCGUGCAGAAUCGCUGUAUUUUUUAGGUGGGAAAGUGCGAUUAAAAACAACAAAAACAAGCAGAAAACACAUUUUAGAUGAGAUUCUUUGAUCUCAGAUUUGUUUAGGGGAUUUUUUUCCAUGUUUUGUUUAGUAUUUAUUAGCGUCAUACCUGUUUGAGAUAUUUUUGUGUCUGGUACAUUAACAGCAUUUUGUAUUUUGAUGGAAAUUGUUACAAACUUUAAGAUUUGAUUAAAUAAAAUGUAGCAGAUUUUUUGUAGCAAGUUUCUGAUAAAAGGGUUUUUUGCAAGUCUCAGGUUCUUGCUGCAGAAUUUUUUAAAAAUAUUUAUUCCAGUUUCACUUACUCAAAGGAGUUUUUGUUCAAGUAACAGCAGCACUUGUGGAAGAUAAAGCUGCAUACAUUUUUAAGAUGAUAAUAAAUUUAUAUGAAUUAAAACAGUUGAGAAGUUUAGUCACCAGUGAGUGUAAAAUGCACGUUUAAGCUAAUGCCUGGCAUUAAAAAUGGUUCUGAAAGGUCAGGUUUCUAAAGGAAAAUUUUUACUGUCAGUUGUUGAUUGGGAAAAAUCUUAAGAGGCGGCUCUGCUAAUUUGGGAGCUGCCAUGUUGUUUAGAGAAAAGUAGCUGAUUUCAAAUGUGAUAGUGGACAGCUUACAUGAAAUGAUAUACCCGCCUUUGUAGCCCAAAUAACCACAGUUCAGUUUUGUUUUCCUUUACAGAUGUCUGGUGGUUAUAGAGUUAAAGCAGCUGUUAAUCUAUCCAUGUGGUCUAAACUUGUUUACUCUUUGUAUGUUUUUAUUUUUUUGCCAUAUAGCACUGGCAAGAAUUUGUACAAAUUGACCUCUCUUUCUUGUUUCUUAUUGUGAAAAUUGCAAAUAAACUCCUGUGUGAGUCCUUGUGCUGGGGUCAAUGAAACGUGGCCACCCAUGAGAGACAGGGUUUCUCUGUGGGGCUGGCGGGGCUGUACUGGAGAUGAUGGAGUUGCUCUUGGUUGGAGUUGAUGGCAAUGGAGUUGAUUGUAUUUGCAAGCUUGAAUCUCACCUGUGAUUAAUUAUUUUUUUGUUUUGUGUCCUCUGUAUUGUUACUUGAUUUCCUCAUAUGCCAAUGUAUUUAUAGGAUUACUGUUUUUUGUAAUAUCCUGUCUUCCUUUUUUUUUUUUUGGGGUGGGUUGGUGGAUCAGCUGUGGCUUAUCCUUCAGUCUCCUGAAUGGCAGGUCCUGCAGCUGAUAGUCAUUUAUUUUGUUUUUAUUUUAUUUUAUUUUAUUUUGUAAUCACAACAUAAGCUUGAAUUUGGGCUUGUACUUGCAUCUUUUGUAUCUUGUACAUUGGGUUAUUUAGACAUUGGGGAGUCCUGUUUGGUUUCAUUAACGUGUGUCUACUUGGUGGAUUAAGUAGACUUCCUUCAUCAACUAUGGUAUAUUUUGAAUUCUAUAGUUUUAUUCAGAACUGUGUUCAAAUUGAUGUUUUGCAGUUUGACUUCAUUUUACGUUAGUUUGAAGUAAGUUAUUUAAUUUUUUGAACUUCUGGAAAUUUUGAACAUUUUACUGUAAUUUGUAAUAUAACUGCUGUGAAAUACUUGAAUAAAGAUGACAAGAAAACACA